UAACCCACAGCCCACUAGGGUUUUGCUUCCAGGUAUAAAACACCCUUCUUCUCCUACCGCACCCCUUCCUCCUAUCAACUCCACCACAGAGCGGCGGCGGCGCAGGCGCAGGCGAGAGAGCUCCAGCCAUGGUGCACGUCAACUUCUACCGCAACUAUGGGAAGACAUUCAAGAAACCAAGGCGUCCCUAUGAGAAGGAGCGGCUUGAUGCAGAACUCAAGCUGGUGGGUGAGUAUGGACUGAGGUGCAAGCGUGAGCUGUGGAGGGUUCAGUAUGCUUUGAGCAGGAUCCGUAAUGCUGCAAGGCACUUGCUCACCUUGGAUGAGAAGAACCCCCGCCGUAUCUUUGAGGGCGAGGCUCUUCUCCGCCGCAUGAACCGCUAUGGACUUCUUGCUGAGGGUCAGAACAAGCUUGAUUACGUCCUUGCCCUUACUGCUGAGAACUUCCUUGCAAGGCGUCUUCAGACCCUUGUCUUCAAGGCUGGCAUGGCAAAGUCUAUCCACCAUGCUCGUGUCUUGAUCAGGCAACGUCACAUCAGGGUUGGCAGGCAGAUUGUGAACGUCCCAUCGUUCAUGGUGAGGGUUGAAUCUGAGAAGCACAUCGACUUUUCACUGACCAGUCCAUUCGGUGGAGGCCAGCCAGGCAGGGUGAAGCGGAAGAACCAGAAGAAGGCUAGCGGUGGUGGUGACGCUGGUGGCGACGAGGAUGAGGAAUGAGAAGGAAGUAGUAGCUGUUCCCUAAUAUUUUAUCAAAUAUAAUCAUGAGAAUGUUGCUGUCAUGAGUACUUAGCUGGCUGAGAGGCCUAAGACUUGUCAUCGGUUUUCCUCUAGGCAGGACGUUUUGUCACUUCAUCUCUGUGUUGUUAGCCUGUACUUCUGCUAUGUUUGGAGCUAUUUAAUCGUGAUGCAGUUUCUUUAUAUGUUUUUUACCA